CUCUCUCUGUUUCCCUAUUUCUCUUGCUCUCACUUUCCUCAUAAUCCUUCUCUCUGUUUCACCAUCACAGCAAUAAUGACCGAGAAUUCUACCUGUUUCAACAGCAUCUUACGCCGGCUUUUGUGCACUGGCAACGUUCCUACUCACCCAUCAUCGGACUACAUUCUGGACUCUAGCCCUACCCAACUCGCUAAACCACCAAAAAAUCCAAAGUAUGAACCCAAGUUCCAACCUUUACCUUCUCCUUCGGCUUCAGUCUCGCCUGGGAUAGUAGCCAGGCUAAUGGGGCUCGACUCGCUGCCGGAGACGAACUGGGUGAGAACCCCGGAGUUGGUUACGAGAAGCAAGUCGGUGAGCUUUGCGGAUUACUUGAUGGACUUUGAUGUGACUCCGACUAGUCAGCACCGCCGUGUCCGGACCUCCGUCUCUUUCCGGGAGGUUCCGGCGGUAAUGAGUCAGCCGGAGGGGCAGGAGUUUCUGGUGGUGUAUUUGGAUAGUGUGGAUAAGGGGAAGGAGUUUGGUGCCGAAGUGAAGAAAGCAGAGGAAGUGAAACAGGGGAAGGAACAGAGGAGGAAGAAUAGAGAGAGUAGUGCGGUGAUUAAGAAUAAGAAUGAAGAGAAAGUAGUGAAGAAAAAUAGUAAGAAGAUUUCGAAGCUGAAAAAUGAGCCUAGGAGGGAAUGUGGUGCUCAAUCUUCGAGGGCUAGUCGUAAUGGCAAAGGGGAUGACGGUUUGGGGUACUCUGUUCGACCAAAAGAGAAGGCUAUGAGUAAAAAUGGCGGUGUGAAUUUCACAGAAGGUAGUGGGGAACAUAGUCCACUGAAGAAAACGACGAGUCAGAAGAAGAAGAAGAAAGUGGUGGCAGAGCCAAAAUUCAAGAAGGGAAAUCAUCAAAAUGCAGUAAAGAAAAGAGAGGCUGUGGAUAUUAGUUCAUGCUCGGAGAAUUCAAGCCCUGUUUCUGUUUUUGACAUUGAUGACAUUUUGAUCCAACAUGAAACUUGGUUAUCAGAAUAUUCAAGUCCCAAGGAUUUCAAAUCCCCGAUGAAAUCCCCACCAAGAGCUUCUUACAAUGAAGACCCUGAGUUGAGAGCAGUCAAAUUCAAAGAUAUGGAGCCAAUUAAGAUUGAGGACAGUGAAGAUUACACUGAGCUUUUGGCGAGCAAAAUCUUUAGACUAACAGAUGAAGAACUGAAAGAGUCCAAUUGGAUACCAAAGAAUGUGGUAGAGUAUGAGAGAUGUGAAGAAAUCUGUAUCCAAGUUGAGGGGCUGAUCCUUGAUGUGCUAAUGAACCAGGCCAUUGAUGACCUUGUGCAGCUUUCUUAAGCUUGAAGAAGAUGAAGCUGUCUGAAUCUGUAUAUAGUUGUUAGACUUGAUAAAUGUAACUUCGUUUGAACUCUGUAACUUGGAAAUUUUAGCCAUUUUGGUGUGAAAGGAGUCUGGAUUUGGCUUGUUUUCAAGUAUGGAUGUGCCUGCAGCAAGCAGCACUGCAAAAUUUAAUUGCUGUCCCCUGCACUCCUAGAGAUAUUGACAUUUUGAGGGGGCAGAUUUUUCUGCGAUUAGAAAUCGGUCCAAUCUGACUAGGUAUCAUAAUUGGAAUUUCUCAUCUUAUUGAAUUAAUUUGCCCAACAAAUUUU